AUGCUGAGCCAGGCCGAGGUAGGAGCUGAGGCAGGUUUGCUGUUGCAGGCAUUUUUCCAGGAGGCCUACCUGACGGAACACCCCGAGGACCAGGCCAGUAUUGAGAAGCUGCAGGACCUGAUCGCCUGGCAGAUUCCGCUCUUGGCAGAGGGGAUCCAGAUCCACAGCAGGAAGGUGACUGAGGACCUCAGGCCCUUCCACGAGCGCAUGGAGCAGUGCUUUGUGCAGCUGCGAGCCAAGGUGGAGAGCCAGUACGGCCUGCGGGAACUGCCCUUUCUGGAGGAGAGGCGUGGAGGUCGCCCCCACUCCAAGUUGUGGGGUCCGGAGACGGAGCCACCCAGCCGCCCACACCAAGAUAGCACAGAGCCCCUUCCCUCCAGGAAGUCGGUGUCCUGUGCUCCUGAGCGUCCCCCUGAGGCCGAGGAGCGCAAGAGCGACCGCAGGGAGAAUCGCAGCAGCACUUUCUUUGGGUACCGGCGGCAGGAGCAGCGCCAGUCUGUCUUGGAGCCCCCGGAGCCCAAGGAGGAGAAGUGGAGACUCUCCCGGAACAUGACUGAGAGCUGCCUGGCCGGUGCUGAGGUAAAACAGUCACCCCUGGAGAGAGAUGCCAACGCUGCAUCCCCUAGUGCAACAGGGGCGUCAGGAUCCCCCUGGGGCUUCGCAGGCCGGGUGAAGAGCGCCAGCAAGGCCCCCCCACUGCCCCGCAAAAUCAGCUCCAGCGUCUACGAGACCUUCAUGGAGCAGAACGCCGCGCCCAACAGUGGGAAGCAGCUGACAGUGGAUGGAAGUAAAGGGCUGAAAUCACCGCCCCCGCCACCCCCCAAAUCCAAGCGUAUAUCCCAGACCUGAGCUGCCCCACUGCCCGUGAUCGGCUCCCUCGCUGUCCCGCUCAGGAGGGUGACUUUGCUGACGAAGGUGUUUGCUGGCUGCUUGGCACUCCCCCUCCCCCCGCUGGCUGAGCCCUGGGCCAGACUGUCAUCUUUCCUAUGGCAACCUGAGCAUCCCACCACCCCCGCACCCCGGUUCCCAUGUGCUUGGAGCUGCAGAAGCCCCAGCCUAGCCCAGCCUCCCUCUCACAGGCAGCACCAGCCUAGAUCAGGCCGAGGGCCCGUCUGCCCCUCUGAGGAACGUGUAGGAAACAUUGGAGCCAGCCAAUCUGCCCCGGUGAAGGACUGCUCCAGCCCCAGGAGUUAGAGGUUGCCCACAGCCCUGAAGCUGGGCUCUGGGUCCCCUCCCAGCUCUUUUUCCUAUUUGUGCUCCGGAUAAAGGCCCAGCCCCUAAGCCCUCCUGGGGCAGCGAGUUUCCCAGGCGAAUGCAGUGCUGCCUGGGGGAAACAUUUCCUUUGAAUUGCCCCCGUUCGGUUCUAUGGCCUGUGGGCAUGCUGUGAGGCCAAGAGAACGGGCUGUGCUGCCUGGGUGCUGCACAGUUAGUAUUUGAUGGACUCAGUCCACCCACUCGGCAGGAACACUCCCCAGCGGGGCAGCCCCUUGGUACAGGACAGUUUGCCAGGUCCUGACCCCCUAGGUCUGCACUGUCCUGGGGCGGGGCUGGAGGUGGGCAGCCCCUGAGCACCCAUUACCUCCUACCCCGAGCUGCUCACAGAGCAGCAGUGAAGUAGG